AGCCCUACCUCGUAAAGUGCAGGGGGGUAGCUACGUGUUGUGACUAGAGUGCCAAGCAUCUGGGGAAUAUUACCCUGAAGGCUUUGUCAUGCUAUACUGAACAGCUGGAAGCCAUCCGUGCGGUUGUAUUGCCCUCCCAACCCACACAGGCCAUUGCUGAAUCCACCAGCAGUGUGAGAAGACACCACUUUAAAUGGGACACAAAAGCGGUUGCGGAGGGUGUCUCGUUUGUCUCCAGGAAAACACUUUGUAGCCCAAACCAGUGCAUCAAUGGAUGAGGAGGCUGAGAGCCCGCUCCCUGGCAUAGAGCCUGUGGAAGAAGAUGAUGAUGAUGUGGAACCAAGAACAGAGAGCAAGAGCAGCGAGGAAGAGAGCACCUCUGAGGAAACACCAGCACCCUCAGACCUUCUCAAUACUAAAGGACAGCUGAGCCCUGAUCCAGUAGAGGAAACAGAAGCGGAAGACAAAGAGGCAGGUACCGGUGGUGAGCCUCCUGUCGACUGGUUUGAACCACUUGAAGAUGAUGAAGAUGAUGCCAACAGUAGGAAUGAUCCAGAGGAAGAAAGCCUGGCAGGAGAAAGUGAAAGGAGCGAGAGUGUGGCAGGCAGCGAGAAGGCUUCCAAAAGGAUAUAUCAGCUUCACGUGCCUCGCCGUAAGCGAACACAUCCUGAUGAGGGAUGGGUCAAGUGGACUGUACUUGGAGAGGGCUGGAAACGCAAAGAGGUUGUCCGACGCUCAGGUUCCAGCAUCGGCCAGAAGGAUGUGUAUUACCUAAGCCCGCGGGGUGAUCGAGUGAGAAGUAGAGUCGAGCUGAUCUCAGUGCUGGAGGGAGUACUCGACUUGUCAACCUUUGAAUACAAGACGGGCAAGUUCCUCGACGGUGAGGCGCCACCCGUAAGAAUUCGACACAGAGUGAAGAGAAAGGUCCGCGAGCGUUCUUCGUCAGAGUCCAGUUGGAUGGAAAGAGGAGAGGGCGCAGACACUCCCGACUCCCACCACAGGCUCACGCCAAACCUCGUAUCCAAAAAUGCCUUGUCCAAUCAGACGAGCGUCUCUUCGAAUAGCGCGGCGGGAACUCCAAACCCAGGUUCUCGCGCAGAGGAUCCUCCUAUGGAAGACAAAAUCAAGCUGCCUCUUCCCUCGUCGUCGAAACCGCUUCCGCUCCCGUCCAUAAAUGGAGAAAUCGGGUCAGAAGACAGCACUCUGAUCUGUGCCAGAUGUGGGAUUUCCUUCACAGGCACUUGGUAUGACAAACAAAGGAAGAGGCCCUGCUGUCCGACCUGUUGGGCAGCAUCAAAGAGUAAAGAGCAUCCAAUGAUUCGUUUCAGAAAGUGGAUUCCUUGUGGUCAGUGUGUGGGAUGUCACAACACGGUCAACUGUGGGCAGUGUGCCAACUGCAAGCAUGGUCUACAGAGCCCCGAGUCCCGCAGACGAAUUUGCAGAAAGCGCAAAUGCAUAUGUCCUAUUCGCAAGGGCCCAGGAAGUGGAGGCUUCAUGCCGCAGAGGCCUUACAACGACAUUCCUGAAACGUUUGACGACAGUAUGAGUUUCCAGAGUGAAGUUACGGACUCACAGCACCCAAGUCUUAAAAGCAGCGAUACGGAGAACUUCUCGGUCAACAUUGACGUUGAAGAUGAGGACGACAUGUCGACUGACGACGACGAUGAUUGGCAUAAAAAGCGAAAACGUCGUUCUUGCGGAGAAUGCAAGGCCUGUCUCUGCAGGAAAGACUGUGGCACGUGCGAUUUCUGCAUAGACAAGCCCAAGUUUGGAGGCAGCAACAAGAAAAGGCAGAAGUGUCGUCUACGGCAGUGUCAGAGGCAGGCGAUGAGACAUUUGUUGCCUUUCCAGAUGGGACAAGGUGACUAUGGGCCAGAUGGUCCAGUGCUGCCGGGCAGACCCAGACCUCACUACACAUACAGUCGGAAGUCAGGUUUAAAGAAAAGCAAAGGGGCACAAAUUGGCUUGGACUUCAGUGACAAUGAAGAUGAUGACAGUAAUUUACAACCAAUGAACUGGAGCUCUGAGCCCGCUAGAGGCAGCAAACACUUGUAUGACGUGAAUGUGAAAAACCACCAAUCACCUAUGCAGUUGAAUCAUUCAGAUUUUGGCGUGCGGAAUGGGCUGUCUGACAGAGUCCCUCACAUCAGCAACCAUAACAGCUCUCAACUAGACCAGCAAGGCAGACGGGAUGCACUCCCAAGCAGAGACGGUCAAAAGCAACUUGAAGAAGACGACGAAGAGGAAGAAGAGUUACCAAUGAUUACACAGAUCUUCAGUUUAGCUGAAAACUCAGCUGGAGGUGGUGCGGACAUGGAAAACCAGCUGGCCAAACUACUACAGUCGUUACGCUCCUCCGUUCUGCCAAUCCUAUGGUAUGCUAUAAUGGUGGAAGGCCCGCAGCUGCAGCUCAUCCAGUGUUCAAAACAGUCCAACAUGGCCGACACCAUGGUGCUGAUCGACCCAGGCUUCUUCUAUCAGGUUACCGUCCAAAAGCAGCCGCUGCUCCCCACCCACCCGCUGUACGACAGCUACCCGGCACGGUUAACCUCGGUGACUGAGGUGGUCAACCUGCUUUUGGGUCUGGAGAAUUACGUGGUGUGUCAGGGAAUGCCCCCCAAAGAACCGUUAUUUUAUAAAGAACCUAUCAUACUGGAGCGGGCGUCAACGUGUGAUUUCUUGGUGAAGAAGAAUGUGAGCGUGUGUACUAACUGCAGAGUGCUGCAGGGAUUUUCGCCUAAGCAAAGACAGAAAUGAAGAACUUGUGACCACACUAGAGACCCCACUGGCUUUCUGGUGCAACUUUGUGCCAUUUUGUUCUUUUGGCUUUUCUUUUGGUGAUAAUAUAUAUAUGACAUUCUACUGACUUACCUCUGGACUGUAAUAGUUUGAAUUAUUUGAAGAUUCACCAAAGGCAUUCCAGGAGCUGUGACGUUAUAAUCCAGGUGUGUUUCUUCUCAGAUGUCUUUUAUUAAUGUAUGUUGGUUUAGGGCUUUUCUACUUGACUGUUACAUGUCAGAGUUUGAGCAGUGUGAUGGAUAGAACUGUGUGAUCAGUGUGUUGUUGGUUGAUCCACACUCUUACUUGAGGAAUAUUGCUCACCCCCUCCCUCUCACCGUUAUUACAAGUUUGAGGGAUCCUUCUCCCCUAAAUUUCGUCUCUCUCAGCCGCAAAUUUCCUGAUCUUUUCACCAUCAACAUUGGCCAUCUUCACGUUGGCAUUCUGCCGUGUAACAUUUGUAACAUACUCAAUGGAGUUUGUCAGCAAACGUGAUUCUUUUUGGGAAACAAAAACAAGAUAUAUUUGCAUCUUGCCCAGAUUUUCCAUUUUAUUGUAAUUUAUCACUUUAACUUAAAGUUGCACCUCUUUUUCCAGUAUUCGCUUGACAUGUAGCAUUUUUAUUUUUAUUUUUUUAAAUGUUCGUUCUGUUCAUUUAACAACAGUUGAUUUAAUUCAUCAUAGGAUUUAUGAUUUUGCGUUGCGGUGCUGGACUAACAUGUUUAACACUCCAAAUUAUUUAUGCAAAAGGUAAAAUAAUUGCAAAUAGGAGUCGAUAUAGAAUACAGGGAAUAUGAAAGAACAU